UUCUCGGUUUUUGUCGAAUCCCUGUGCCGGCCGGGACCCAACGAUUCAUCCCAUGGUCCAUGGACAUGGGCUACAGCCUCCUCAUUCUCCCAAGACCAGUCAUCGUACGCAAUCAAGCAGUCGCCAUGCCACUUUGACAUCCCAGCACAUAUCCAGUCGAAGCAUAUCGUACACCACAUUCAUUCAUUGAUGUUUCUCGCCUGGCUUAUGUCGUCUUUCCUCCACGAAUUCAAAGUCUAACCACGACCCUCCACUACCCUACGACCACACCCUCGACUCCGCACUCUAAUUCGGAUCAACUUCCAGGACCUAUCGUAGGCGAAGUCGAGUGUCCUUGCGCAAUCAAACAAUCGCCUUUAUAAUAUUGGUCAUGCUUCAUCGGCCAUUACCUGGAUUGUUGUGAAAAGGUUCAAUGCCUCCUCUCCAGAUCGGAGGUGCCUGGCGGCGCCUCUUGAGAAUAGGCGGUAUCGUCGCCGUCGUUCUCAUCAUCACCACAUUCCUGGUUCAGACCAAAUUUACAUCCUUUACUCCCUCCUCCUUAAGAUCAUACGCACACUCCAGCCCUCAACGAUUACAUAUCCUCAUUCCCGCAACCAGUGCCAAUUAUAAUCUAUGUCAACUCCUCAUCUCGGCCGCCCUGCUAGGAUAUCCCGCUCCAGUCCUCGUCAAUUGGGCCGAUCACGAGGAUGGCGAUGAAAUGAAACAGCACAUUACUAAAAUCACAGGUGUAAUGAAGUACAUCCAGGCCCUCCCUGAAGACCAAAAAGAUGAUCUCAUCUUCAUGCUAGACGGCUUCGAUACCUGGUUUCAGCUUCCUAUGGAAUUCAUCAUCAAAAAGUACCACGAAGUCAUGGCCAAAGCACACCUCCAUCACCUACAAAUCUUUGGAGCAGAACUCGUCAAGGAGCAUAAUAUCAAAAACACCGUCCUCUUUGGGCCCGACAAGAGAUGCUCACCCAACGGUCCUGAGGAUCCUGGCUGUUGGGCAGUUCCACAGUCGUGGGUGGAGAAAAUGAGUUUUGGUCCAUUGACCGACAGUGGUGAUUCCAUGUAUGAUCGCCCCAGAUGGUUGAACUCGGGUACCAUUAUUGGACCUGCGCGCGACUUUGCAAACAUCUCUCAAGCAGCCCUCGACACCGUUGCCCGACAUCAUGUCACAGACUCGGAUCAGUACUACUUUAGCAGCGUUUUCGGGACACAGUCUUAUGCUCGCAAACAGCUCAAGCUCUCUUAUGAUGACGCCCAUGGCAUCAACGAUACGGAGCUGGAAACAAUACCUCCCCAAAAGCAUCGAUUACCAGAGAUGAAGCCUGGAAACCGCACCGAGUUCUACAUGGGUCUAGAUUGGGAGUCGAGUCUCUUCCAAACUGCGGCCUACUACGGCGAUUAUGUUGCUUGGGUCCGCUUCAACACCACAUCUGAGUAUGUACGCAAGACAUCUCAGUCAAUCAAUCCCCACCAUCACUUCACUCUACCCAACAACAUGGCCGGCUCCGGCCCAAUGUCUGUCUCCGAAGCUCGACAGAUAGAUCCUGCACUGGCAAGCUGGUCGCGUCUACCACUCGCGGUCAACACGGUCACGAGACAUGUCCCCGUCAUCAUUCACAUCAACGGUAAAAAGGGAUACAGAUACCUGUGGUGGCCACGUAAUUGGUUCUAUCCUUACAUCGACCAGAUGUUGCACCGACAACGACAGAGCGGCCUGCGAAACUCUGGCGAGCAACGUGAUGCCUUGGCCGGAGCCUGGACAUUCAGCAAUGGCACUCGAGGCUGGGUGGAAUGGAACGAUGUUUGUGCCAAGUAUGAAAACAGGUUGAUGGGCAAACAUGUCCUCAGUGAAUGAAAAGAGUUUGUUUGCUCCUGUCAAGACGGCGUUAAUUUUGUACUUUGUAUGAUGAGCUACAGCGGCGAAAUGGCGAAAUUAAAC